GCCAGCAAGCCCAGGGCCACACAAGGUCCCUCCACCUAUUCCCCAGCCCCUAGCCAGGGCUGCCAUGGCCUCCCUGUUCUCUGGUCGAGUCCUGAUCCGAAACAACAGUGACCAGGACGAGCUGGAUACGGAGGCAGAGCUCAGCCGCAGGCUGGACAACCGACUGGUGCUGCUGUUCUUUGGCGCUGGGUCAUGCCCCCAGUGUCAGGCCUUUGCACCUGUCCUGAGGGACUUCUUCAUUCAGCUCACGGAUGAGUUCUACGUGCUGCGGGCGGCCCAGCUGGCCCUGGUGUAUGUGUCUCAGGACACCACGGAGGAACAACAGGAUCUGUUUCUCAGGGAUAUGCCCAAGAAGUGGCUCUUCCUGCCCUUUGAGGAUGACCUGAGGAGGGACCUCGGACGCCAGUUCUCCGUGGAGCGGCUCCCGGCCGUCGUGGUGCUCAAGCCGAGCGGGGACGUGCUCACGCUCGACGGGGCCGACGAGAUCCGGCGCCUGGGCCCCGCCUGCUUCGCCAACUGGCAGGAGGCGGCCGAGGUGCUGGACCGCAGCUUCCUGCAGCCCGAAGACCUGGACGACCCAGCCCCGCGCAGCCUCACCGAGCCGCUGCGCCGCCGCAAGUACCGCGUGGAACGCGCCGCGCGGGGCGCACCAGGCCAGGGUGGAGGGGUGGAGCCCCGGGCGGAGGUCGAAGCGGCAGGCGGGGCGGGGGAACUGUUCUGA